AUGGAGGUUGAUUUGCCAGAUACAAAUGAGUCUAUAAUUGAUACCAAUACAGACAAUACUUCGGAAUGUCAAGAAGCUCAUCCAGAAACUGUCCAGACAAUGGAUACUGAAGAGACAGUUCCUACUGAUUGUAAUGAUAAUGAUACCGUUAAGAAACAGGAUGGUUCAGAGUGUGAAAUGUUGUUAAAUUCAGAUGAUAAGAAAUCAACAGAAAAUCCUACUCCUACUGUGAAUGUCUAUCGUCCUCCAGUUUGGGCUUUAAAUUGUCCUCCAACUUUAAAUUAUAAACUGGAAGUUAUUAAAAAUGGUUUACAACUCACAGAAUGUACAGUUAAUCUAUCCUCAACAACAUCUACUAUUGAUUCAGAAUCAUCGUGUGAUGAUAAUAGUUUAAGCUAUUGUUUAAUUGGACGUCAGCCACAACCAUAUUAUGCAUCAUUCAAUGAUUUAACUGGACAGUGUAUGACACUUGCUCAUCCUUCUAUAAGUCGAUUACAUGCUGUAUUACAAUAUGGUAAACCACCGCAUUCUGUUGGUAAUGUUCCUGAAGAUGAAAAAGAUACUACUGGAUGGUAUUUAAAAGAUUUGGAUAGUACUCAUGGUACUUUUGUUAAUAAGCGACGAUUACCUCCUGGCCGGUAUGUUCGUAUUCGUGUUGGUUAUGUUUUACGCUUUGGUGGGAGUACACGUUUGCAUAUUUUUCAAGGUCCAGAUGAAGAUACUGAACAAGAAACAAUACAAUCUUGGUCUGAGUUAAAAAAAGCCCAUGAAGAGCGUAAAUUAAUGGCUCUUAAAGAAAAAAUAGACACUUCAACAAAUCAAAAUUCACAAUCUGUUAAACUUGAAUGUGAUUGGGGCAUGUCGUUAGAAGAUCCUACUCCUGAACCAAUUCCAAGCCUACUUCAAUCUGGUACUUGUUUAAGUCAUGAAAAACUUUAUCGUGAUGAUCCAAAACGAGCGUUGAAUGCUUAUUUUGAACGUGAAGGUAUUGAUCCCGUACCACAGUAUGAAUUCGUUGAAGCGCCUUUUGGUAAACAACACUGUAGAAUUGAAUUGCCGUUAAGUUCAGGUACGGUAACUGCAGAAGCUGUUGUUUCCGGUAAACGAAAGGAGGCUGUUGUCGCGUGUGCUUUAGAAGCCUGUCAACUUCUAGAUCGUCUGGGUGAAUUUGAUCCAGAUAAAGAUCGUUCUGGAUCAUCGAAACAUGUUCGAUCACGUGCUUAUUGGGAAGAGAAUGAUUAUUAUUCAUCUGAUGAAGAUACAUUUGUUGAUCGGACAGGAAUUAUUGAAAAAAAGCGUUUAGAUCGUAUGCGUCAAUUAGGCGUUAGUAAUAAUCAUGGGGAUGAUGAAAGUCAGUUAAAUGCUAAAAUGAAAAGAAAUGAAAAAAGGAUAAGUGAAGAUUCAACUAUGCUUUCUAUACUUUCAGAAUUAGAAAAGAUUGGAGAAGAGAUUGUCUCAAUUGAAGAAGAAUUAGCAGCUAUCGAUCGAGAGUUCUCAUCGAAAGAAGCAAAUCCGUCUCAACUGGAUGAAUUAGAAGCUUAUAUGAAUGCAUUGAAAACAUCCUCAUCUAAUCGUGCAAGACGUUCUAAAUUAAAAGCUCGUUUAAUUUCAUUACGUCAAACUGAACUUCAAUUAAUGCAUCGUGCUGGACUUACACAAUUUCGUAGAAAUUUAAAAAAAUCGAAUGGACAAAUCAACAAUUCUGAAUAUAUUUCAUCAUCAGAAGCUGCAGCAGCAGUACGAGCUGCUAAAAAUAAGUUAAAUAAUAAAAAUAACAAUGAUAAUGACAACACUUCAGAAUGUCAUGAGAACACUACUCCUACUAGUACAUCUGAACAAAAGAUUAAAAAUGCUCGAGCUGAUAGAAAUGCAUUAAAACGCAGUUUACAAAAUCAUGCUAGGUCACUGUAUGUAUCUCAAAAGAAGAUUGAGGUUGAUAAACCUUUUGAAGUGGAAAGUGAUGACGAUGAUGAUGAUAAUGUUAUUGAUAAGAAAAAGAAUCAUGAGCAUCGUGAUGAAUGUGAUGAAAAAGAAGUUAAAAUGAGAAAAGGAUUAUCACUGAUGAUUCUGUUGAUUCUAUAA